AUGGCUGGUGGCGACCGUAAACCCGCCGCUCCGCGUACAAACUCCGAGGCACCGCACAGCACCGCUCUGCGCCGCUCCACGCGGGCAGCAGCAGCAGCUUCCGCCGCGGCCGCUCGUUCUGGCGACGCCGAGAUUGGCGCUGCGACUGGCGGAAAAAUAGCGCAGGGAGAAGGCGCGGGGAAAGAGCGCGCGGGGGUCAAGCGCGCGAGAGAUGUACCCAGCGGGAGCGGGAAGGGGGAAGCGGGGAAGGGCGCGGUUGGGGGAGGUUGGACGGGGGGAAGGGCGCGGUCACUGGGAAGAGGGGGAGCGGUAGCAGGGGGAAAAGGGAAAAGAGGGAAAGCCGCAGAGCUGAGCGAAGAAGAAGAAGAGGAGGAGGAGGAGGAAGAGGAGGAAGAAGAGGAAGCGGAGGAAGAGGAGAAGGGGAAGACGAAAGGGGGAAAGAGGGGAAGACCCGCAGGCCCACGUGGUCAGCAGGCUAAGGGGAUCAACCCAGUAGAAUCAGGACAUGUGGAGUCACAAGAGCCAAAAUCGCAACCAGAAUCACAGCCGUUGGAGUCACAGGAAGAAAAAGAGGAGGGCAGGGAGGGAAAAGAAACCGUUCCCGAAGGGCAGGUGAAAAAAGGCCGGGGUGGAGAGGGGGAGGGGGAAGGGGAGGGGAGUGGGGGGAAGAGUACAGAGAAGGGGAAGGGGAAGAAGAAAGGGGGAAGGGGAGCAGCAAAGGGGAAGGCGGGCGGAGGGGAGGAGGGGGAAUCGCAGGAUCCAGCUGGCGAGUCGCAGGAUCAGGAGGUGACCAUGGCUGCUGACGUGGCGGCUGACGUGUCUGCUGACGUGGCGGCUGAGGCGACCGUGCUGUGUCGAUUGGCCGAGAGGGAGCGUGCUGACGUGGUGUGCCUGCAGGAGACGAAGCUGCAGGAGAAAGACGUGGGGGAGAUUCAGAAGGCUCUGUCUCCUUCCUUCCCGCACUCAUUCUGGAGCUGCAGCACGGCCAAGCUCGGAUAUUCUGGCACAGCUGUUCUGUCUAAGGUGAGUGGGACCUUAUUUGCUCUCCUUCUGUCUAAGGGCGUGGGGGAGGUUCAGAAGGCUCUGUCUCCAUCCUUCCCGCACUCGUUCUGGAGCUGCAGACGGCAGGAGUCGAAGCUGCAGGAGAAGGACGAGGGGAAGGUUCAGAAGGCUCUGUCUCCCACGUUUCCGCACACGUUUUGGAGCUGCAGCACGGCCAAGCUUGGAUACUCCGGCACGGCAGUGCUGUCCAAGGCGAGUCAGUGGGACUUGUGUGUUGCUGUAUGGAAGGGCAGGCAGACGGGCGUCCGGGAGAUUGCAAAGGCGCUUUAUCUCCCUCCUUUCCGCACUCCCUUUGGAGCUGCAGCAGUGGAGAGCAUGGCAGUGCUGUCUAAGGCGAGCGGUAUUCUCGCACGACAGGCCAGAGCACGACAGGCCAGAGCACGACAGGCCAGAGCACGACAGGCCAGAGCACGACAGGCCAGAGCACGACAGGCCAGAGCACGACAUGGAGGGGCGCAUGUGCGCUACGGCAUCAACAAGCCAGAGCACGACAAGGAGGGGCGCGUGGUGACGGUGGGAUAUAAGACAGUCACUGUUGAUUUCACUGUCUUUCCCUUUCAGGUGCCUCCUCUCUCAGUGCGCUACGGCAUGGACAAGCCAGAGCACGACAAGGAGGGGCGGGUGGUGUCCCCCCUCUCAGUGCGCUACGGCAUUGGCAAGCCAGAGCACGACAAGGAGGGGCGCGUGGUGACUGUUGAGUCUUGUCACGGUCGAAUCAAUCGUUUUAUACAUGUGCCAAUCUCCCCCACUUUUCAGGUGCCUCCUCUCUCAGUGCGCUAUGGCAUCAACAAGCCAGAGCACGACAAGGAGGGGCGCGUGGUGACUGUGGAAUUCGCCCCCUUCUUCCUCGUCUGCUGCUACACCCCCAACUCGUCCGAGAAGCUAGUCAGACUGGACUACCGCACCAAGGAAUGGGACGUCACAUUCGGCAGCUACGUCAAGGAACUGGAGAAGCAGAAGCCGGUGGUUGUGACUGGUGACCUGAACUGUGCGUUUGGGGAGAUCGACAUUUUCCACCCCGAGGGCAACCGCAGGAGCUCGGGGUUUACCGAUGAGGAGCGGGCGUCGUUUGCAGCUAACCUGCUGGGCGUGCCCUGGGAAGGGGAAGAGGGGGGAGAGGAGGGGAAAGGGGGAGAGGGAGGAGAGGGAGGAGAGAAUGGAAGUGGAGGGAAGAAGGGGGAAGAGGAGGUGAAAGGGGAGGGUGGAGAUGAGGGGGGAAGAGGCAAGGAACGUGGUUUGGUGGAUACGUUUCGCAGUCAGCAUCCCAAUGCAGUGGCGUAUACCUACUGGGGGUACCGGUCGAAAGCAAGACCUGCUAACAGAGGAUGGCGUUUGGAUUACUUUCUGGUGUCCAAGUCACUAGCAUCAAAUGUGCACGACUCAUACCACACCAUGUGA